AUGGGUGGGAUGAUACAAGGGGGUUUACCUAUCUUUGAUGGUAGCAUGUUCAACGAUUGGAAGAUUAAGAUGAAUGCGAUCUUCAUCUUUCAAGAUGUGGCUAAAGUUGUUGAGCAUGGUGUUUCACCACCGGGUGCGAAGGCUACUGAUGAUGAUAAGAAGGCUUACAAGAUUCAACACAAGUUAGAUGGAAAGGCAAGGUACUUGAUCGAUCAAUGUGUUAGCUCACCGAUCUUUAAUAGGAUUUCCAUGGCGGGCACAACCAAAGAAGCGUGGGAUAUCUUGGUGGCUACGUAUGGUGCGGGGGAUAAACAUAAGAAAGUGAAGCUGCAGGCUCUGCAAAGGCAAUUUGAGUUCCUCAUCAUGGAAGAAAGUGACUCGGUGGUUGGGUUCCUCAACAAGAUUCAAGAACUUGUUAACGACAUGCGUUCUUGCGGUGACAAAGUGUCUGAACAGCAUAUCGUGAACCAGGUUUUGCGGUCACUUCCUCCAAGAUUCGAUCAUCUUGUAAUUACCAUUGAAGAGACGAAAGAUCUGGAUGCACUAACCUUCCAAGAGCUGCAACAUUCGCUCAAAGCCCACGAGUUGCGCAUGUAUGAGCAGAGAUCCUAUCAAGAGCAGGUUCUUCAUGCAAGAACAAAUGGAAAGCAGAAAAAAGAUUCCAAGAAAGGAUCUAAGACAAAGAAGAAGGGAGAGUCAGAUGAGCAGAAGAAUAAAGACCAUAAACAAAAUUCUGGAGAAGAUAAAGAGAAGAAGUAUGACAAGAAAAAAGUCAAGUAUUAUAACUGCCUAAAGUUCGGGCAUUAUGCACGAGACAGCUGGGAUGGUGACGGAGCCAAGAACAGACCAAAGAAGAAUGUGCGUGUUCAUCUUGUAGAGGAAGAAAACUCUGAUGAAGAGGUUGUCAUGUUGAUGGCUGAGACAGAUGCAAAGCUCGACGGUGAAAAUUUGUGGUACUUGGACUCUGGGUGCUCCACACACAUGACCGGGAAGAAGGAUUGGUUCGUGCAAAUAAGGGAUGUAAGUCAAGAAAAGAUACGUUUUGCAGAUAAUAGUUCUCUCACAACAAAAGGAACUGGUAGAGUUGUGUUGCGAAACAGUGAUGGCAAGGACGUGAUAAUUGAAAAUGUUCUACAUGUGCCCGGGUUGAAAUCAAACCUUCUGAGCUUGGGCCAGUUGAUGCAAAGAGGUUUCAAGAUGACGCUUAAAGAUAAAUCCUUACGUGUCUUUGAUCAAACUCAGAAGCUGGUUAUACUUGUUGGUCUGUCCUCUAAUCAGACCUUUCAGGUUAAGAUGAAUGCAUUGAAGCACCAAUGUUUUGCUGCUGUCAGUGACAAGUGCGAAUAG